AUGGAUGAAGAACAGGAACGCCCUACAUCAAGCGAGGAAGAAAAUUAUGGAAAUAGAAAUGAAGGGGAAAAUGAAGGAAUUGCUCAGCAAGCAGAAGAUAGUCAAGUGACGAGAGCGGUGCAAUCUGGAGGUGAUGGUAGGCCUCCAAUACAAGAGACUGGUGAUGGCUAUACGCAAAUACCACAACCAACACAAGAUGGUGCAAAUGCUGCUUCUGAUCUUGAAGAGGAAUUGGGAGGAGUGAUUAUUGAUGUGUUGGUGAGGGCAGUUGAGACAUCUCUAGUCAUUGUGGCUGAACUUUGA